UGGAGAAUAAAUAUAUCAAAGAGGUUUUCAAAGUUCUGUUUAACUAAGGAAAACCCCCAACAACUUUUGGCUGGCCAAUUUUUUCAUACGAUGCUGAGUUGUGGGUAUGCCCAACACAUUUCCUCAUUUUCCUGGCUUGUUUAGCUAAAAGUAGAGUGAAGCACACUGUAACAGGUCAGAUGUAGUAACCUAAUUUAAUUUUCAGUGCAAAUGUUAUUUAGACAUUUAAACAUAUUUCAACUGAAACUUUGUUUUUCGUAAGUGUGCAUUUGCACCAGAUCAAUGCCUUAAAUCUUCCUGCACUAACUUUUGCAUCAGUUUGGAUCUGUAGCAACUUCUCCUUAGCAACACUUGAUUUGUGCUAACAUAAGCCAGAAGAAAAUCAAACACUGGUUAAUGGAUUUUUAAAGGAAGUGAAUGGAAAGAAAUUCCCUCAUAAAUUCAAGUCAAGUAUAUAACUUCUUAAUCUGUACAAAGCCAUUGUAUUGGUCAAGGCCGAGCCCAUCAGCGAUGAUGGCAGCGCCUCCGGCAUGACGUAUUUAGGAACUGAAAAAAGUUACUGUGCAGGAGCUGUUGCAGCCAAAGAGGAGAGGAGUGAGAGUAUGUGAAAGGAACAGCCCUGCACCAAGGUCAGUGCAGAAGGAGGGGGAGGAGGUGUUCCAGGCACCGGAGCAGAGAUUCCCCUGCAGCCCCUGGUGCAGCCCAUGGAGGACCACGGGGAUGCAGAGAUCCACCUGCAGCCAGUGGAGGAGCCCAUGCCAGAGCAGGUGGAUGCCUGAAGGAGGCUGUGACCCCAUGGGAAGCCUGUGCUGGAGCAGGCUCCUGGCAGGACCUGUGGACCCGUGGAAAGAGGAGCCCGCUCUGGAGAAGGAUUGCUGGCAGGACCUGUGAUCUUGGGGUGGACCACAUUGGAUCAGCCUGUUCCUGAAGGACUGCGCCCUGUGGAAGGGACCCACCCGGAGCAGUUAAUGAAGAGCUACAGCCAUGGCAAGGACCCACCCUGGAGAAGUUUCUGGAGAUCUGUCUCCCGUGGGAGACACCACAUGCCGGAGAGAAGGAAGACUGUAACUGUCUCCCAUGGGAGAGACCCCGUGCCAGAGCAGGGGAGAAGCAUUCCUGUCUCCAGUGGGAGCAACCCCAUUCCAGAACAGGGGAAAAAUGUUCCUGUCUCUAGUGGGAGCAAUCCCAUUCUGGAGCAGGGGAAAAAUGCUCCUGUCUCCAGUGGGAGCAAUCCCAUUCCGGAGCAGGGGAAAAGCGUGCCUCUCUCCCAUGGGAGUAACCCCAUUCCAGAGCAAGGGAAAAAUAUUCCUGUCUCCAUUGGGAGCAACCCCAUUCCAGAGCAAGGGAAACAUGCUCCUGCCUCCAGUGGGAGCAACCCUAUUCUGCAGCAGCGAAAAAAUGUUCCUGUCUCCAGUGGGAGAGAUGUUAUUCCACAGCAAGGGAAGAGUGUAACUGUCUCCAUUGGGAGUGAUCCCAUGUCAGAGCAAGGGAAGAUUUUAACUGUCUCCAGUGGGAGCGACCCCAGUCCGGAGCAAGGGAAGAGUGCAGUAAGUGUCUCCAGUGAGAGUGAUCCCAUUCUGGAGCAGGGGAAAGGUGUGACUAUCUCCAGUGGAAACGACCCCAUUCCGGUGCAGGGGGAGAGUGUGAAUGUCUUCAGCAGGAGAGACCCCAUGGCUGAACAAGGGAAGAGUAUAAUAACUAUCUCCAGUGGAAGUGAUCCCAUUCCAGAACAGGACAAGAGUGUGACUGUCUCCAGUGGGAUCAACCCCAUUCCAGACCGAGGGAAGAGUGUAACUGUCUCCAGUGAGAGUGACCCCAUUCCAGAGCAGGGGAACAGUGUGAAGAGUCCUCUCCACGAGGAAGGAGGAGCAGCACAAACGCCGUGUGAGGAGCCCACCACAGCCCCCGUUCCCCGUAGCUCUGAGCUGCUGCGGGAAAAGAGGUGCCAGUCAGCCACUCCGCCGCCCCUGCUGUCCCCUCAAAGAAGCCCUGCCUACCCCCUCAGCGACAGCGAGGACUCCUCCCGCUCCACUGGGCUCUCCAGAGUCUCCAGCUCCAGGCUGUGCCUCAAGGAGUGGAACAGCCGCACGUCCACGCUGCGCAGCACCUCCACGAGCCCAUCGGACACCGAGUCGCCGAGUCGCCCCCUCAAAGCCAUCAGCGUGGGCGCUCUGGAUAAAAGGCUCUCCGUGUUCAAGGCUGACCAAAAGGAGAGUCCAAACGAGGCUCAGGAUGGGGAAGCGGUAGGGAGCCACCCACUCGCCCGGAGCACUCUGUCCUUGGGCACUGCCACCAAACUGAGGACCCUCUCCAGCAGCAGGGUGAGCGUGCGCUCGCAGGCGCUGGACAUCAGGCAGAAGAUCACAGAAUGGGAGUGCCGCCGGGAGCUGUCCCCCAGGGCCAGCGUGUGCAUGGACAAGAGGGAUGCUGGGGAGAGGUCGGGCAGUGAGAGCUGCCCCAGCGUGCUGACCUCUCCCUGCAGCGACAAGACAUUUGAUUUCAAAGGGCUCAGAAGAAUGAGCCGAACAUUUUCUGAGUGCUCUUACCCGGAAACAGAGGAGGAGGAACUGCUGGACAGGGAUUCCUGCCAUCGGUUUGAAAAGAGACCGGGCAGGAGCGAACCUCCUUCUGCCACUUUCCUUAAGAGCCAUGUGAGGAAAGAGUCCUCUGCUGUGCUCAACAGAAUCCAGAAGAUCGAGCAGGCACUGAAGGAGCAGUCAGGCAGAGGCCUCCCCCAGUUACCAAGUAGCUGCUACAGCGUUGACAAAGGGAGGAAAAAGUCUGGGACUCCGACUACUGUGGAGGGACUGAGUGAAACCCUGAGCGAGAGCAAAGGCGGGGGUGUUAUUUUGGGGAGCGAACCAGAAACGCCUCCUGAGGCUGAGAAAAACAGUAAAACAAAACAGGGUGUCAAUGUGAACUCAGCGGGCCCCAGAGCGCUCCUGGAAAGCACGCCCAACAGCGCCGUGAACCCCGUCCCCAAGCCCAAACGCACCUUCGAGUACGAGGCAGACAAGUCCCACAAGAGCAAACCAAGCAAUGGCCUACCUCCAUCUCCCACCCCUGCUGCUCCUCCUCCCCUGCCGUCCACUCCCGCGCCCCCCGUCACCAGAAGGCAGAAGAAGGAGUCACGCUUUCACCGAAAAUCCCAGAAUAGAAAAUCCUUUGAGUUUGAGGAUGCCUCAAGCCUGCAAUCCCUGUACCCUCCCUCCCCGACUGAAAAUGGAACCGAGAGCCAGCAUAAAUUUGGAUCCAAGAGCACUUUAGAAGAAAAUGCCUACGAAGACAUUGUAGGCGAGUCACCCAAGGAAAACCCGUACGAGGAUGUGGAGCUGAAAGGCCGUCACGGGGGGCGAAAAUCCCAUCAGCUGUCCGAGAACUCCCUAGAUUCCCUGCCCAGGAUGUGGACGGCGCAGAGCAGGAAAUACCCGGCGGCGGCUCCGCAGCUGCCCUCGAAGGCCAGCAGCCACUCCCUGCGCGUGGGGAACUGGUCCGAGAGGAAGAGCCACCGCCUGCCGCGGCUGCCCAAGCGGCACAGCCACGAUGACAUGCUGCUGCUGGCCCAGCUGGGCAUCCCCUCGUCCCCCUCCAGCCUCACCGAGGACAGCCUGAGCACCGCCAGCGAGCUGCUGUCCACGCGGCGCGCCAGGAGGAUCCCGAAGCUUGUCCAAAGAAUCAAUUCCAUCUACAGUGCAAAAAGAGGGAAAAAACGACUGAAGAAACUUUCUAUGUCCAAUAUUGAGACAGCGUCCCUACGAGAUGAGAACAGCGAGAGUGAGAGUGACUCAGAUGACAGGUUUAAAGCUCACACCCAGCGCCUGGUGCACAUCCAGUCAAUGCUGAAGAGGGCUCCAAGCUAUCGCACCCUGGAACUGGAGCUGAUUGAGUGGCAGGAGCGGGAGUUAUUUGAGUAUUUUGUGGUAGUGUCCCUGAAAAAGAAGCCCUCUAAAAACACUUACCUCCCAGAAGUGACAUACCAGUUUCCCAAGCUGGAGAGACCAACCAAGCAGAUGCGGGAAGCAGAGGAGCGCCUCAAGGCUAUCCCACAGUUCUGCUUCCCUGAUGCCAAGGACUGGCUCCCCGUCUCUGAGUACAACAGUGAGACCUUCUCUUUCAUGCUGACUGGGGAGGAUGGGAGCCGGCGCUUCGGGUACUGCAGGAGGCUCUUGCCCAAUGGAAAAGGCCCACGCCUACCUGAAGUUUACUGCGUCAUCAGCCGCCUGGGGUGCUUUGACUUGUUUUCUAAGAUCCUGGAUGAGGUUGAAAGGAGAAGGGGAAUAUCUGCUGCCCUGGUUUAUCCAUUUAUGAGAAGUCUGAUGGAAUCUCCUUUUCCUGCACCUGGAAAGACAAUCAAAGUCAAAACCUUCCUGCCUGGAGCUGGAAAUGAGGUCAUCGAGCUGCGGCGGCCCAUGGACUCCCGCCUGGAGCACGUGGACUUCGAGUGCCUCUUCCGGUGCCUGAGCGUGCGGCAGAUCAUCCGCAUCUUCGCCUCCCUCCUGCUCGAGCGCCGCGUCAUCUUCGUGGCGGACAAGCUCAGCACCCUGUCGAGCUGCUCCCACGCUGUAGUGGCCCUGCUGUACCCCUUCUCCUGGCAGCACACCUUCAUUCCUGUCCUGCCCUCGUCCAUGAUCGACAUCGUGUGCUGCCCUACCCCCUUCCUGGUGGGACUGCUCUCCAGCUCCCUGCCCAAACUCAAGGACCUGCCCGUAGAGGAGGCUUUGAUGGUUAACCUGGGCUCUGAUCGAUUCAUCAGACAGAUGGAUGAUGAAGACACACUAUUGCCUAGAAAAUUGCAAGCUGCUCUGGAGCAGGCUCUAGAGAGAAAGAAUGAACUGAUAAAUCAGGAUUCAGACAGUGAUUCAGAUGAUGAAUGUAACACCCUGAAUGGAUUAGUGUCUGAGGUUUUUAUCCGAUUCUUUGUGGAGACAGUUGGCCAUUAUUCCCUGUUCCUAACCCAGAAUGAAAAAGGAGAGCGUGCCUUCCAAAGGGAGGCUUUCCGUAAAUCGGUGGCCUCCAAGAGUAUCCGCCGCUUCUUGGAGGUUUUCAUGGAAUCCCAAAUGUUCGCUGGCUUCAUCCAGGACAGAGAGCUGAGGAAAUGCAGGGCUAAAGGGCUCUUCGAGCAGAGGGUGGAACAGUAUUUGGAAGAGCUCCCGGACACGGAACAAAGCGGAGUAAACAAGUUCCUGCGAGGCCUCGGUAACAAAAUGAAGUUCCUUCACAAGAAGAACUAGCUCCUUCCUGCUGAAACACCAACCCCAGACCUAUUUAUGGCACUGCGCUGGAGUGCGGAGCGGGAGGAGAGCGGAGCCAGCUGGGGCAGCCCCAGGAUGACCCGUGGGUGCUGUGUCAGCGUGCCUCGAGAUGGCUCCUCCGUGGUUUUGGGCAGAGUUUGUACAUAAUGUGCUGUAAGCUUUUGUAACUGAUUUUGUAAUGAGCGAGAAAACUGUGGUAAAUAUUUGUAUAUUCCUGAGAAUACCAGGUGCUUGUUUUUUUUUUCUUUAGUAUGAGUUGAGUUAUGCUUGGUGCAGAAACGAGUAGGUGAUUUUGUGCAGCUGACUGUCUCAGCAGAACCACUGACUUCCAGGGAUGUUUGAUGCCUGAACGCUGCGGGGUGAAUGAGCUCGGGUAGUGGGAGAGGUUGUACACACGGGGCUGCUCUCGUGCGCACAGGCGCUCGUCUGUCUGUCUGUCUGUCUGUUUCCUUCGAGCUGAUUCUCAAGGAGAAAUAACACAGUAACUUGAUAAUGAGGUACUUGGUUCGCAUUACAGAACCUCUGGUUUGAAGUCUGGUCAGUAAACCCCUUCUAACCCACUGUGCACUAGGAUGCUAAGCCUGGGGGAUCGCAGCUCUCUGCCACGCAAGCUGCAGCGAGUAGGUACAGUGCAGCCUGUCCUAAUGUAUGUAUGGAUGGAUCCCAAUAAACUCUGUAAAUAGACCUGUUUGUUCAUGUUCAUUGCAAACCUCUGCACUUCCUCAUGUGGAGCAGGUACAGACGCAGCAACUCACCUGUGAUUUUUAAAUGACUUUGUAAUUAAAAUGUAAAGUGGUUAUCAUGAACCUGUCUUUUGGUAGGUUUGCUAUUUCACGUCACGUAGGUUGGGGUUUCUUCAGUGUUUUUCACCAGGGCUAAGACAAGGCAUUUUAUACCCCUUUUAAAAAAUUUUAUCCCAACAGAAGCAUCUGUUAAAACAUUUUUAUUUUUUUCAGGGGUUAGCAGCAAAUGAUUUUAUUGUUGUAUCACAGAUACUGCUCUUGGCUUUGUGCUGUGCAUGGUGCCCAAGUCACAUUCGUCCUUGAUCUGGAAAUAGAACUCCUGUUGAGGUUCUGUAAGUUUUCCCAUAGUCUGAAGAAGAAAAUUUAAAAACAAAUAAAAUGCUUCAAUUAUGUUGCAAGUCUGACAGACAAUGAAAAUGAGCUGAAGCCUGUUACCUUUAGAGGAAACCCACCACGCUCUGGUUUUCGUCAUUCUCAGUGUGAGUGCCGUAGUUAGACGGGCUUUGAGGCUUGCGCAGUUCCUGACCUGACAGUGGUUCUGGUUUGCUAUCAGCCUCAUAGAGCAAAUUCCAGGGGCUGUGCACUGAAAAGGUGAAGUCGUUUCCUUCUUCAGUUACCUCCCUCACACUCCAAAAUACACAAAAGCUUCUUAAGUGCAGGCGAAAUGUCUGUGGAAUACCAGGUGCUUUUGCUGCGGAGGAAGUGUCGCCACGACUUCCAUUAGUUCUGCUCUGCGAUACGCUCCAAGCUCCAGAAUGACUGCUAGAUGUAAUUCUUGAGAGUGGAAGGAGUAACGUCACUUGUACAGGUGGCUUCUGGCCUUUUUAUAAACAGCAGCUGCUAGUGAAUGUGGGGGGAAAUACGUAAUUCCUCUUCAGAAAACGAUGGAUAAAACGGGAUCGGGACAUGCUGUGGAGGUACUGCAAAGGCGAGACAAAGCCACGGAAUGCCAGUGUACAAGAAUGUUGUGCUGUAAAACCCAUCUCCUGUGCCAAAGCUGUUUUGCUCCAUUUGCACUUUAAAAAUUAAAGGAGAAAGCUUUUAAACAUUG